AUGGGCGUCCGUAUCGCUACGCAACAAGACAUCCCCGCGUUGAAGGAGAUCAUCCUCAGCGGGUUGUCAAAUGAUUCAGUCUGGCUGUACUGCUACCCCUCAGCAGGCCGUUCGGAGGCCGCCUCAAAUCACGUCGAGACGGUCUUGAAGAGGAUCAUUGACGACAACAGCAAAAAUUGGCACUGCUACGUAGUCGAUGCUCCCAAGACUCACGACCCUGUCUCCCUUGCCAUCAUCCAGUCGCUUCACCAGAACGAGGACGAUGGAAAGGGCGUCACUGAGCAGAUCCAGCGAGUGCUCGGUCUGUCGCAAGACCCCCCCAGCAACGGCAACGGCGACGGGGAGAGUACAAGCAAGACGGCAAAGAGAAUUGCCGCACUGCAAUCAGGCAUCACGCAGACACAGCAGACGUACCUCGCCCGCUACGAACAGGUUAUGUUCCUCCAUGCCGUCAUCACGCAUCCGCACCACAAGCGCCAAGGGUACGCCAAGACGCUCUCCAAGCAAACCCUGCAGGUAGCGCGUCAGAAGGGCGCCGUCGUUGCAGCCCUCGCCAGCCCCUUCAGCGGCUACGUCUUCUACUCGGGCACCAGCUUCUCCAACUGCGGCCGCACAAAGGUCGAGACCGACAACGACAUUGAGAACCUCGAGCUGCAGAUCAUGGUCUGCACCCCGCCCAAGCCCCUCGAGCAGAGGAGGAGCUCCAUCAUGGACUUUUGGGGAGCCGCCAAGAAGGCUUCGCCCGCCGGCAGCAGACGUGAGUCGCUUGACCAGGGACAGGGCCAGGGACAGGGCCAGGGUGAGAGGCGGAGCUCGUUUUUGGACAUGUUUAGCUUUGGUGGCCCCAAGACUCCCUCUACUGUUGAUGAUGAUACCCGCAGAAAGUCUCACGCCUAA